GUCAGUGUGUCAAAAUUUUGUUUGUGGUGUUGUGAUAGCGAUUUUGGUGUUGAAAAAUUAAGUAAAACAAUUGUUUUGCCACAUAUCUCGAUCUAAAAGGUUUAUCAGCGUAUUAAUCGUCAUCGUUACCAUCGAAUCGCACAAAAAUACUUUGCCUCGGUUGUUGCAAUCAAGGCUGUAAAGUAAAUCGCGCUUAUCUGCAUCAGAGAGUCGACAAUGUGUUUGGAUAGGUCUGGUCGGGUAUCGCUUGUUGAAUCCGAACGACAUCGCGUCUUGCCAACACCAGCAACUGGUGGACAGUCUACCAUUUGUUGAUUGUAGGCACAUCCACUGAAGUCACAACGAAAUGCAGAUUGAAUAUCAGCUGCUUCAGCAGCAGGACCCGUCCGAGCGCACAAACGCCCCGGCCGGAUCUCGUCGGAAAGCCAGCCACAAGGGGGUGGCCAAUAACCUGCGAUUCUCAUUCUUCUGUCUGGUGGUGAGCGCCUCGCUACUGAUAUUCCUAUUCCUCGCAUACACCGACUCAUUCCAUCCGAUCGUGGACAGUAUUGCCGGCACCCUUGGCUAUCACGAGAAAAUUUACACCGUGGUGGUGGACGCUGGUUCGACAGGAAGCCGUGUGUUAGCGUUCGAAUUUCACCGGGGUUACUUGGACGGGCGACUGGUGCUGGAUAGUGAGCUGUUUCGCCACUCCAAGCCUGGGCUAUCGGCAUUCGCGGAUAGACCUAUCGAAGGGGCGGCGUCGAUUGAAAAAUUGCUGCAGGAAGCAAAAAAUGUGAUUCCACAGGAAAAGUGGAAGAAUACACCGCUUUUGUUAAAGGCGACCGCCGGGUUGAGAUUGCUAAAACCCGAGCAGGCCGAGGGGCUGCUCCAAGCAUGCAAAGAUCUCUUCGUGAAAUCAGGAUUCCAGGUGAACGAUCAAUCAGUGGAAAUCAUGGAUGGGACCGAUGAGGGCAUCUUUUCCUGGUUUACUCUUAACUUCCUGCUAGGGAAGUUGAACGGACGAAAUACGGUUGCAGCGUUGGAUUUGGGUGGAGGUAGCACCCAAGUCACGUUUGUUCCUAAGGACAUUUCGCAAACUCCUCUAUAUAAAGAUUACAUGCACAGAGUUCCUACUUUUAAUUCCUUCGUGGAGGUUUUCACAACCAGCUUUUUGGGGGCUGGAUUAAUGGCUGUUCGACAUGCUGUCUUCACGAACGGAGCACCCGAGGGGCAACGAAAACUGGUCAGUGAGUGCGUUAACCCAAUCAUAAAAGAUAAGUUGUUCCGAUACGGCACGGAACAGUUUUACAUCAGUGGAAAGGAUAACUCCAAGGCUUCAACCGAAAACCCUGAGGUGGACUACGAGCUAUGUUCAUCUGUUGUGAGGAAGAAGGUAUUGCCCACGUUGAAGCCGAAGCCAGUCACCCUCAAGCAGCGUGAGAUAGCCGCGUUCAGCUACUUCUUCGAUCGAGCGAUCGAAACUGGGUUAGUUGACCCAUUUCAGGGUGGAGAAAUCACGGUUGGAGACUUCAUCACUCGUUCCCGUGAAGUAUGUGCGGAAGCUAACGCAGAUCAACCGUUCAUGUGUGUAGAUCUAACAUUUAUUGCCGUGCUCCUGGAGGAAGGUUAUGGUCUCAAACCCAAAACACCACUGAAGCUCUACAAGAAAAUCGAUGGACACGAGAUUUCCUGGGCACUGGGCUGUGCCUACAACAUUCUGACGAGCAACAAAAGUUCGCAACUGUAAUCACCGACGACCGAAACUAAUCAUAACAACAAUAACAACGAUACAAUCAGUAAACAAUUUACCACCAAUAACACGACAGCGAUAGGGAAAUGGUAUUAUUUUUAUCAACUGAGACCUCCGUUGAUUUUUAAAAGAAUAUGCAACUUUUCCAAAUCCGGAAACAAUAAUUCAAUAUUUAGAUUUAGAACAAAACGAAACAAAACAUAGAAAAGGACUUUUUGAUAAUUCAAGUUUUACACCGACAGCUGUUUGCGGAGUUUUUAACUGUCUGAACCAAAUCGUUUUAAUUCAUUCUUUUUAUGACAACAAAUUACAGCAAGAAUAUCACGUCAAGAAGUAGGAUGAACCAUGUGAACAACAAAAAAACGACGAAACCUCUUUGUGCCUUCAGAAAUCAGUGGACGAGAGAAGAAGAUAUUUUGAUUUUAGCUCAUUUACAAAAGAGAAAAUAAGUUUGACAAAUCAUACUUUUGUCCGAGAAAUCCACCAAUAGAGAGAAAUUACAACCUGUAGCUAAUUCGUUAGGAGAAAGAAAAAGAAAGCAUUGUUCAAUGAGUAGAUUUAUCGCAGUGUGCAUAUAUUUUCACUAGCAAUACCAACAGCACAUUCCCCUUAAUCCUUUAUCCAUCACAUAGUAGAUAGUAGGUUGGUUAACAUUAAAUGUUCAGAUCAUUUUAAAAGAAGACUAUUUUCAGCGUGUAAAUAGCAAAGAUGUUCGUAGAAUAGGUGUAACUUUACCUCAAGUGUUGUUCAUUUCUACCUAAUUCCAUUAGUUUUGAGGAUGGUAUGCACAAAAAAACCCAGCGAAUGGUCGAAAAGCAUUAUAGUUAGGAUAUGAGGUAAGAUGCUACGAGGAGGGAAAAUUUGCUUGCAAAUCUGUUGUCUAGAAAUAAAUGUGUACCAAUGAAUCACCUAGAACCGUGAGAAGCACCCCUCUGUGUAUGAUUGUUUUGACGAUUUUCGAUUAAACUCAUUCAGAAGAAAAUGAAUAGCAAAC